CUGAAAUGGAAUGCGACCUAAAACUUCCAAUUAGAGGAAACGAUUCAUGUAGAUUCGACACAUAUCAAUCGACAUGUAAAAACCCAAAAGAAACACCGAACAAGAUCGGAAAACGAUUGGAGGAGAUAGAACGCAUUUAGGAGAGAGAUAUUAUUUUCUUUUGCACGAUAGAAACAGAACUGUGUGCUGCAUUAUUUUGUAAGCGAAUUCUGGCACUUUCCAUAGAACCAAAAUCAACAUCUUUUGACCUUUAAUCGAAAAUUGCGGGUCUUAAUCUUUUUGAGUAAGAGACAACAUGAGUUUUUGUCUUUGAUUCAUCGAUUUUAAGAAGAAUUUGAACUAAUUCGAGUUCGGAUUUGUAUACGUCGUUUUUUAUUUUAUAAAUGUCGGAUACGGCGGGAAGUGGAUUAGGAGCCAUGGUUCCCUGGCUUCGCAAGAAGAUCGUUGAUCCCUUCGUUAAAAUCCUUCGCAGGGGAGCAGAGCCUAAGCAACUGGCAUUCUCAACUGCCCUUGGCAUUUCAUUAGGAGUGUUCCCAAUUGUUGGGGUGACAGUGUUCCUGUGUGGGCUAGCUAUAGCAGUGCUUGGAUCUUCUGUCAAUGCUCCCACAGUUAUGUUGGCUAAUUUUAUUGCUACUCCAUUAGAGCUUAGUCUGAUGAUAGUAUUUUUACGGUUUGGUGAGUUUAUCAUGGGUGGAGGUCAUUUCCCUUUGACUUCUGAUGCUUUAAAGAAGGUAUUAACCGGUGAAGCUUCUAUGGAGAUCUUUCGAAGCCUCCUCCAUGCGUUGUUGGGGUGGUUGGUUUUGGCACCCUUGAUCCUAGGGGCACUUUACGUAAUUCUUUUACCUGCUUUUGUGAUUUUAGUGCAUAAAUUCAGUAACACUUCAGGCCCAAAAUUAGCCUCACCAUCCAGCACAGAAUUGAAGCUUAGGGUGAGGGAUACUUGAAUAACACCAACAUGUCACAUAAUUCUGUUUAAGUUUUUUGCUUUUGGGAAAAAGAGAAAUUAUUCAAUAUUCUUUUAUGGUGUCAAUUUGUAAGUAUAUAUUUGUAAGGCUAAUAAAUUGUUUAACUUUGUAUGUGUGGAAUAAUACUAAUGGAUUUAGAUUGUUGAACCUUCC